AGUGGCUACGUUUACAAAGGAGCUGUACUCCACAGCUCUGUACAGGCUGGGGGAAAAAAUAGCUAUUUGCUGCGGUCAAGGUCUCUGUUCAAAGUCCGAUAAAAAUGCCGAUAUGCUGCUUUAGUUGGUAUUCUGCCAUGACUAUGAGAAGCUUGCUUUCUGACCAUAGCCACUAUGUCGAAUCCUUUCGUCUGUUCCUUGAGAAUUCGACGGAGCAUCAAUGCAUGCUGGAAUUCAUUCAGAAGAAGCUGCCAGGCAUAUUAUCAAGUAUAGGCAGUGGAAAAUCUACAAUCAAUAUUCUAAGUGUUGGUGGUGGGGCAGGAGAAGUUGACCUUCAGAUUCUUGCAGAAGUACGGGCUAAAUAUCCUGGAGUCGUCAUUUGUAACGAUGUGGUAGAACCAAGUGCUGAACAAAUAAGUGCCUACAAAGAACGAGUAGCAAAGACAGAAAACCUUGAGAACAUAAAGUUUUCUUGGCACAAGGAGACUUCGCUGGAAUAUGAAAGUCGAAUGAAGGCCAGCAAAGAGGUGAAGAAAUGGAACUUCAUCCACAUGAUCCAGAUGCUGUAUUAUGUAAAAGACAUCCCAGCUACUAUCAGGUUUUUCCACAGCCUCUUGGAACCUGGGGCCAAGCUCCUUAUUAUUCUUGUUUCAGGUAAGUACUGAGCUCAGUAGUUCAGGCAUUGGUAAUCUCAAGAUUGAAUUUCUGCAAUGCGCUCUAUGCAGAGCUUACUUUCUGCUUCCAGAAAGUGCAGUUAGCGCAGAAUGCUGCAGUGCAAUUGCUGACAGGAGUGAGGCCCACUCAACCUAUAACACCUCUGCUCAGAGAUACACACUGGUUGCCAUUUUCUUACCAGGCCAAGUUCAAGGCGUAACUACAGGUAUAUAAAGCCCUAAAGGCUUGGAACCAGUUUACUUGUGGGAUCACCUUAUCCCAUACUUGACCGCUUUAAUCUGUGAAACUGGCGCUGUUCCACAUACCACAUAAUACUCAUUCUGCAGUUUUAAGAAAUCAACCUUUUAGUGCGGCAGUGCCUACACUU